AUGUAUAUUCAAAGGAGAAAAAAGAAAAGGCAAGAUGUACCUGAUUCUUCAUUGUUGCUUGGGUCGGGUACACGGAACAUGCAUGGUCGAGUCAUUUCUGCCUCAUAUCGUCGUGGGAGUCCAACUGGGCAUAAGUCAAAGAGUGAGUCGUAUAUGGGCCAGGCCGGUGACUCACCUCCACAUUCACCUUCACAUUCACCUCCAGCUAGACGAAGCAAUGUUAUUUGUCUUAGGGUUAGAGGACUUGGAGCUGCAUCUGCAUCAGCAUUACCAUCAACAGCGAUUAAUGCCCAGCCUUGGGUUGUUACGAGACCAAUUGUUGGUGGCUCUAAUGAGAGUUUCUUUAUUCCCAGUUUUCUUACUCAUGUGGCCCAUCGCUUGACGGAUAAGUCGUACAAACCCUCCUUGGAGAUAGAUACAAGAGUCACAUACUUCAAGUUGUUGAAAGAAUGGAAGGAUUCUAUGUCGACUGAGGCUCAGAUCUUGUUGGCUGUUGAAUGGUUGCCUUAUGGCCCCGAUCCUAUUUCCGAUGAUCCAAGGACCAUAUACAGUGGCUGGAUACAGUACCGAGAUAUUAUUGAGCCAUACUUGCCUAGUCGAGUAUUGCGCCAGAUUGGAUACAUCCAGGUCAUCUCUCCACCCAUUCCUCAUCCCCUGAGUAGAAAUCGUAGCGGUAAUCACCACGCCUACAAGGUUUCAUGGAGGGCCACUGAGGCGUUUGAUGCUUGGAUGCAAUUCCCAUUCAAGUACCGGGCUGGAUCCAGAGUAUUUUGA